AUGUCGUUACCUUCGAUAAAUGGAAGACGUCUCAACGAAACACUGCAGUACUCAUGCCAAUGGGGAUGCACUCCAGAUGGUGGAAUGAAUCGUGUGGCACUUAAUGAUGACGACGCCAAGGUGAAGAAAUGGUUCAUCUCAGAGGUAGAGAAGUUGGGAUGUAAAGUGACGAUUGACCAGCUGGGGAACAUCUUCGCGGUGCGCCCGGGACAAAACCCCGCUAUUGCUCCAAUUGCUAUAGGCUCCCAUCUCGACACGCAAGCGACCGGAGGACGCUACGAUGGCAUCCUCGGAGUGCUCACCGGACUUGAAAUUAUGAGAGCCUGUCACGACGCGGGUUACAAGUCCUUUGCUCCUUUGGCUCUGGUCGUUUGGACCAACGAAGAGGGAUGCCGGUUUGCGCCCUACGCGAUUGGAUCUGGAGUUUGGGCCGGGGUAUACGAUGUUGAUUUUGGACAUGCAUGUGCGGAUGUCGCGGGCGUGACGCUUGGAUCCGAGCUCAAUCGACACGGAUUUCUAGAUGGAGCUCGAACAUGCUCGUUCGAAGCACAACCGCUCUCCGCUCAUUUUGAGGUCCACAUCGAGCAAGGGCCUAUCCUCUGUUAUUCGGACACACCAUCUCCCAUUGCCACAGUCACAGGCGCCGCCGGUCUUCGCUGGUACGACAUUCAUCUCAAGGGCAUUGGGGCCCACGCCGGUACAACACCUAUGAACAUGCGCAAGGGGAAAGACGCAGUGAUAUGCAUGGCUCACAUCAUUCUUGAGACGGAGCGUAUUGCAGUAGAGCUCGGGGGACAGGCCACGAAUGGUCGGAUUGGCAGUGACGGUGCCCCACAGGCGUACAAUUGCAUUCUCGGUGACGUGGAACUCGGCCUUGACUUGCGACACAAGGACGAAGGUCAGCUGGACGUGCUCGCACGCAAAGUUCGUAGCUCGUGCGAGAAAAUUGCGCAGGAGUAUGGAGUGGAGAUCGUAAAAUGGAAGGAGGUGUUGAGGAGCCCUGUGAUCAAAUUCACUGAGGAGGCGGUGGAAGCGGUGAGGAAUGCUUGCGCUCGUUCUGAGCAUCCGAGGUUCGAAUUGAUAAGCGGCGCAGGGCAUGACUCAUGCUACACGAACUUGAAAUGCCCCACGGCGAUGCUUUUUGUCCGAUGCAAGGACGGGCUCAGUCACACACCACUGGAAUAUGCUUCUCCGGAGGAUAUCGAGGAAGGUGCUAAAGUGCUUCUUGAUGCCGUACUUACCUACGACAAGACGAAGAAUGCAUCGUCGAGGACCUGA